CCUCCUUUAUAAAAGACGGACACACUGAAAUCCUGGUUUUCUGACCGCAGUCAUGAACGUGUCAACUCCUCUGCUGCUGCUGCUGCUCUCUGUCUGUGCGGCCGGCGGUGCGCUGCUGCCCAGAGCCUUAUGGCAGUUUGGUAAGAUGAUCUCGUGUGCUCAGCCCGGCACGAACCCCUUGAAGUACAACGAUUACGGCUGCUGGUGCGGCUUCGGGGGGACGGGGACCCCUGUGGACGGAGUGGACAUGUGCUGCAAGGUUCACGAUCAAUGCUACAAGGCGAGCAGACUGGCUCCCGGAUGCACCGCCAUCGCCGACCUUCCUUACGUCCUGGUUUAUGAUUUCAGCUGCUCGAAUCAGCAGGUCACCUGUUCAGCCUCCAACAAUAAGUGUCAAGCUGCCGUGUGCGAGUGCGACCGAGUGGCGGCUCACUGCUUCGCUCAGACCACGUACAACCCGGAUAACAAGAACCUGGACCCCAAAGUCCGCUGCGUCAACUGAGAUACACAAUGUACACAACCCACAAACACACACACACAAAAGAAUGAUGCAAAUUACUUUAAAAUUUAAUUCAUUUAUAAUAAAGAAAACUUGAUUUUGAUUUUGUAAGAAAAACAAAAGAAGGAAUAUUUUUAAUAAAAUGUGAGAAAUUGAAUUUCAACCUGCGUCCUCGUGUCUGUUCGCUUACAUACGGAAACCUUCAGUGGUCUCAGUCCGUUAGCUUUAGACGCUGACCAAACAACACGAUCAAUGGCCAGCUGUGCCUCGACUACACAAUAAAAGGUCUUUUAUUUUGAAAAAUGGGAGCAAAUACAAAAGUUCAGUUUAAACUCAACCGUCAAAAGGUCAAAGGUUAACGAGGAGUUCAGGCAGAUUUGGUCUCGUUAUCAACUAAAAGUCUGACGACGAAUCAGGUUAAAAUAUAAAAACAUAAAGUCACGGUUGGAAUUAAUUAUUAACUGACAAACAGAAAGUUUAACAUUUACAAAAUUACAAGUUACAGGAGGGUAAAAAACUGAUUUUUAGGUCCAGUUUUAACAAUCAAAGCAGCAAACUGAUUAUUAUUAUUGUUAUUUCAGAAUAAGAGUCGUGGCUCUGUGGGUUAUAUUGGUUUGUAGAGGAGAGUGGUCACAUACUUCUUUUUGUAUCGGUGAGUCGCGCUGAGAACCAUCACGCCGUCCUGAAAGACAAGAAAUAAAGUUUAUAGCUGAA